AUGUUUUUGACAACUGCAAAAUAAACAAAGGGUUUUGUAAAUGUACAUUUGUUUUCAAAAGUUUAUUGAAUUCAUAUUUCCACUUCGGUUUUAAAAUUAUAAAUUAUGUAAUUAUUUAUUCAAAUGUGUCAAUUUAAAGUUAUAAAAAAAAUAUGGUUUUGUAGUUUUAGUUUUUAUUGAUUUCGUGGAUUGCUCAUCAUUAGAUUAUUUUUACUGUUUCUGUAAAUUUCAAAUAAACUAUUCCAUACACGAUGUCCGAGCGAGACUACGCACCGCUGAGCAUAGCUUGUGUUCGUGGGCUUUGCGACAAAUUAUAUGAGAAGAGAAAAGUUGCUGGAGUCGAGAUUGAGAAGAUGGUGAAAGAUUUUAAUGAUGCAAAAAAUACUAGCCAAAUAAAAAAAUUGAUCAAAGUCUUGGGCCAGGACUUGAUGUCUUCAACUAAUCCUAAUAUGAAAAACGGAGCACUUAUGGGUCUGUCUACUGUAGCAGUGGGGCUUGGCAAGGCAUCAGUAGAUUACUUACCAGAAUUAACAAAUCCAAUAGUGGCUUGCUUCAGCGAGAGCGAAUCUCGUGUAAGGUACCAAGCAGCUGAGGCAUUGUUCAACGUGCUGAAGAUUGUCCGAGGCGCUUCUUUAUCACAGUUCCCUGUAAUUUUCGAUGCGCUGGCUAAACUCGCUGCUGAUCCUGAGCAGCAGGUGAAGCAUGCUGCUGAAUUGUUGGAUAGAUUGCUCAAGGACAUCGUGACCGAGAGCGGGUCCGUGGAGCUGUCGUCGCUGGUGGGGCUGGUGCGAGAGCGCAUGUACACGCGCUCGGCGCCGGCGCGCCAGCUCGCCGUGUCCUGGGUGGCGGUGCUGGACGCCGUGCCCGACCUCAACGUGCUGGCCCAUCUCCCGGACUUACUGGACGGGCUCUUCAAGAUGCUAGACGAUCCUAACCCGGAGAUCAGAAGGAUGUGCGAUGUCCAGCUGAACGAGUUCCUCCGCAGCAUUAAGAAAGAGCCAGCCAAAGUAGACUUCCAAGCCAUGAUCAACAUCCUUAUCAUACACGCGCAGUCGCCCGAGGAACUGCUGCAGCUGACGGCGAUUACGUGGCUCAAGGAGUUCGUGGAGCUGGCCGGCGCCGCCAUGCUGCCCUUCGCCUCGGGCAUCCUGUGCGCCGUGCUGCCCUGCCACGCAUACUCCGACGAGCCAAGGAAGAGUAUCCUUUGUCCAUGCAUACGGGAGACGGCGGCCACGGUCAACUUUCAACUGAUCAAACUGUUGGCUGCCGAGAGCGAGGAGGCUGGUGGUGAGGAGGCGGCGGGCGAGGAGGGGGGCGCGCUCAACCUGGAGGCCGUGGUGGGGGUGCUGACGCAGAUGCUGCACCACAGCUCCGUGCACACUAAAGUGGCCGCCCUGGAUUGGAUCCUUCACUUAUACAAUAAGCUCCCCAAACAGAUGUGCGGCGAGACGGAGCGCGUGUGGGCGGGCGCGGUGGGCAGCCUCACGGACGCGGCGCACGACGUGCUGCGGCGCGCGCUCGCCGUGCUGGCAGAGAUCUGCUCCGCCGCCGGAGAUUUGCAGUCUAGUCCUUACUACUACAAGUUCCUACAAGCUUUAUUGAGGCUUUUGGCGGCAGACGAGAACCUGUUGGAAGACAGAGGAGCUUUCAUUAUCAGGCAGCUGUGCGUCCUGCUGAACGCGGAGGACAUAUACAGGGCCCUAGCGAACAUUCUGCAGCAGGAGAAGAAUCUCCGCUUCGUGACCACCAUGGUGGACAUCCUCAACACCAUACUGCUGACGUCCGCCGAGCUAUACGAGCUGCGGGCGCUGCUGAAGGACCGCAGCAAGCCGUGGAGCCGCUCGCUGUUCCUGGCGCUGCACGGCUGCUGGUGCCACAGCCCCGUGUCGCUGCUGGCGCUGUGUCUGCUGGCGCACCACUACCGGCACUGCAACACGCUCAUCGCCACCUUCGGCGACCUCGAGAUAACCGUGGAGUUCCUGACGGAGGUGGACAAGCUGGUGCAGCUCAUUGAGUCGCCCAUAUUCGCCUACCUGCGCCUGGAGCUGGUGGGCGAGCACAGCGCCGGCCUGCGCGCCGCGCUGUUCGGCCUGCUCAUGCUGCUGCCGCAGUCCGACGCCUUCCACGCGCUGCGGGCCCGCCUGCACUGCCUGCCGCCGCCGCACCAGCCGCACCGCCCGCGAGGUGACGAGAGGGAGGGCUCCGAGGCGGCCGACGACGAGCCCCUGGACUACGGCGCCCUGCUAGCACAGUUCCACGCCGUGCAGGCACAACACCGCCAGUACCGCGCGCUCGACCGCUCCCGGGACAAGCUGUACGACAAGCCCUACUCGUAGCCGCCGACACAGCACCCUGUACUCUAUCUAGCUAUAAGUAAGCGUAGUGGAGUCCGCCGCCGCGACGCCCGGGUGGGGGCUCCCCGCGCACUGCCGCUGUCAGUCCCCGCGACCUGCUGUAACACCCAAUGCAUAUUCGUUAUAUGACACAGCAUGCUUGUACAAUCUCUUGUAUUUAAAAAAACCAAUCUGGAUAUUUAUGAACAUCUUUUUUUUUAUUGCCCUUGUAGGCAGACGAGCAUACGGCCCACCCGAUCGUGAGCGGUUACCGUCGCCCAUGCACUUCAGCAAUGCCAGGGGCAGAGCCAAGCCGCUGCAUACAUCUCUAAAAUAGUAUACUAUAGAAUAAGCUUUUUGAGUGCCGUUCUAGAAAAAGAGAAUUAAUCCAGUGGUUUUUCUUGGCUUUGCGUUUUUUUGCGAGAUAAAAGUCCAAAUCGCUCGACGAAAGGAUCAUAAAUGGACGUCGAUUGGCCGCUAUAACUGGCUGCUCAAAUGUUUCGGUUGCCGCAGUCUGGCUGCCUGUGUGCAUUGACAUUAUCAAUGACAUGGCUGAACGUAGCGAUGGGUGUUUCGGCAAAUUGUUUCGUUCCGAACGUUACCUUGAAUUCUCGGACCAAAUAUUUAUGAAUUUGAAUAAGUUUUAUUUCGCUAUUAUUAUGAGAUAGAGAAGGCUAGGAAUAUUGUUUAAAAAAAAUUAUUACUAUAUAUUAUUAUAUCAAUUGAGUUUAUUGAAGAAUGUUUAUUAUGAAUUUUUUUAAAUAAUAAAAAUUAUAAAAUUUUUAAGAGAUAUUUUUAAAUAUAUAAAUAUGAUUGUUUAAUUUACUUUCGCUGCGUAGAGGGCCGCGCUGUUUGCAUUUGUUUACACGACGUUAUUCGUUAUCGCCGUGACGAACCUACAUCUCAAGGAAACUGUAGUGUAAUUUACCUAACUAAUUAUACAUCCUCUCUCUUCACUUUUAGUGAUGCUGUCAACAUUUUAAAGAUAUUUUACAAGAGUUUUAUAUGUUGGAUGUAAAAAUCGAAUUUUUAUAAUUUUUAAUAUUUUGGGUGUCUGAUUAUUUUAAUAUUUUUAUGUAUUUAGUAUAUUUGUUCCAAUUAACUUGAGACGUACAAUAAAGUGUAUUAUAGUA